AUGGAGCAAUUACGAAUUGCAACAAGAUUAGAGACUGAGUCACCUAAAUACCAUACUUCUGUCUUCUUGGCAUGCGUAGGUGAAGAAGCCUUCGACAUAUUUGAUGGGUUUUCUUUUGGACAAGAUGAAGAUGCAAAUGACAUUGACGAUGUGCUAAGAAAAUUUGAGCAGUUUUGCAUAGGCGAAGCCAAUGGAAUAUACGAAACAUUUCUCUUCAACAAAAGGAACCAAGAAGAGGGCGAGACAAUUGAUACAUAUGUAACUUCACUGCGGAAACUCGUCAAAACAUGCAAUUUUAAUACAUAUGAGGACCAUAUGCUCAGAGACAGGAUAGUACUUGGAGUGAGAGAUGACACAGUUCGUCAGAAACUCUUGGAGGAUAGAAAGUUGACAUUGUCAUCGUGCAUAGAAGUGUGCCGAGCACACGAGUCAUCACACAUACAAGCAAAAGCAAUUACGAGCAGUGCACCAAGAGUCAUUGACAGAGUGAACAGGAGAAAUAGCCCGGGAACCAAACAUACUGUGCAACAAAAGAAAUGCAAGAAAUGUGGAAGGCUACAUAAACCACAUGAUGUUUGUCCAGCCAAAGAUGCCGAAUGCCGUAAGUGUUCUAAAAAGGGACAUUAUGCUGCAAUGUGUUACAGCAAGGUUGGCAAGCCAGGUGGACAGAAAACUAGGUCUCACCGAGAUGUUAGUGGUGUGACUGAAGAUUCAAGAAAAAUGCAUUUCUAG